GAGAGCACUGAGGGGCAGUGACGGAGACGGCUCCUGGUCAGAGAACCCAGGAGAUACCCCCAGUAGGGACACAGGGGCAAAGAGACACCUCCAGGGGCGGAAACCCGCGGGGAGUGACCGCCCUAGACGGAGAGCGCCUCCCAGAGUGGGACGAGAACAGACGGUCAGAGGACAACGCCCCCCCAGGUCGCCUGGAAGACCCCGGAGCGACCCCGGGGGCGGCAUGGACCGUGCAUUGGCCAGUGCAACCUCUCUUUGGUUGGGGGUGAUGGACACACGGCCCCCGUGGGGCCUCCUCCUUCUCCUCCUCUUCCUCCCGCUGCUGCCGCCACGCGGGGCCUCCGCGGGGAGCCUGCACAGCCCAGGCUUGUCCGAGUGCUUCCAGGUGAAUGGCGCAGACUACCGCGGCCACCAGAACCGGACGGGGCCGCGCGGGGCGGGCCGCCCGUGCCUCUUCUGGGACCAGACGCAGCAGCACAGCUACAGCAGCGCCAGCGACCCCCAAGGCCGCUGGGGACUGGGCCCGCACAACUUCUGCCGGAACCCCGACGGAGACGUGCAGCCCUGGUGCUACGUAGCCGAGACAGAGGAGGGGAUCUACUGGCGUUACUGUGACAUCCCCACGUGCCACAUGCCUGGAUACCUGGGUUGCUUCGUGGAUUCGGGGGCACCCCCCGCCCUCAGUGGCCCCAGCGGCACCUCAACGAAGCUCACGGUCCAGGUGUGCCUUCGCUUCUGCCGCAUGAAGGGCUACCAGCUGGCGGGCGUGGAGGCUGGCUAUGCCUGCUUCUGUGGCUCUGAAAGCGACCUGGACCGGGGACGCCCGGCCCCAGCUACCGACUGUGACCAGAUUUGCUUCGGCCACCCGGGCCAGCUGUGCGGAGGCGAUGGGCGUCUGGGUAUCUACGAAGUGUCCGUGGGCUCCUGCCAGGGCAACUGGACGGCUCCUCAGGGCGUCGUCUACUCCCCGGACUUCCCGGACGAGUACGGGCCGGACCGGAACUGCAGCUGGGCGCUGAGCCCGCCGGGCGCGGCGCUGGAGCUCACCUUCCGCCUCUUCGAGCUGGCCGACCCGCGCGAUCGGCUGGAGCUGCGCGACGCCGCCUCCGGCAGCCUGCUCCGCGCUUUCGACGGCGCCCGCCCGCCACCGCCCGGGCCGCUGCGCCUGCGCGCCGCCGAGCUGCUGCUCACCUUUCGCAGCGACGCGCGCGGCCACGCGCAGGGCUUCGCGCUCACCUACCGCGGGCUGCAGGACGCCGCUGACGACCCGGAGCCCAAGGGCUCGGCGCAGACCCCCGCGGCGCCCCCCGACUGGGCUAACGUCAGCUGCAGUCCCCGGCCCGGGGCUCCGGAGGCCGCGAUGGGAGCCCGGGUCUUCUCCACGGUGACGGCCAUCUCGGUGUUGCUGCUGCUGCUCCUGUCGUUGCUGCGUCUGCUUCGCCGACGGAGCUGUCUGCUGGCUCCGGGAAAAGGUCCCCCAGCGUUGGGGCCUUCCCGGGGCCCCGGGAGAAGCUGGGCUGUGUGGUACCGCCGGCCUCGAGGGGUGGCCCUGCCCUGCCCUCCCGGCGACUCUCAGGCUGUGGGUCUAGCUGCGAGUUACCGGCCCCUGAGCGCCUCCAGCCAGAGUUCGCUGCGCUCGCUCAUCUCUGCUCUCUGACUCGGGAACCCCAGGGUCCACUGGACCCUCUGCCAGAGGGAUGGACACCUGAGACUUCAUGCCAACUCUACGUUGACCUUCUGCCCCUGUAAGGGCAGCUCGAUCCCUGGUCAUCCGGUGGAGGCCAGACAUUGGACAGGAAGCAUCUAAUGCUAUUGAGAACUUGGUCUGACCCUCGGGGUACAGGUGGUUGAGGCCAAAGGGCAAGAGGAAUCCCAGCUUCCUUUCCUCAUGAACCUUGAUAUGGGGGUGUCUGAUUUC